AUGCGUAUGCUCAACGAGCUAGUCCCCAGAGACGCAUACCCGCUACCGCGUCAAGAAGAUAUCUUUGCGAAAAUCAGCGAUAACCGUUGCCGUACAGGUAUCGUAACCCACAGAGGCCACGAGAUGUUUACCCUCUCACCAAUGGGUUACAAACGCUCAGUACAACAUCAGCAAAACCUGAUGGAUAGCGUUGAGAAGCCAACAAAGCCCAGAAUAUCUGGUGCCUCGUCCCGCUCGUCAGGGCGGAUCGACAAUAGAUGGCGGUUACAAAAGGCCGCCUGGUUACGGCGUUCUACCCUCGUUACUAUUGAGGAGUUUCCCGCCUUCGGCAGAAACCUUAAGACGGCACCCUCUGAUCUCGUAUGGAAGCCCCACUUGCAUAUACUCCGAGUGAGGUUUAUUACCAAAAGACAAGAGGUCACUGGUCUUCGAAGUUUCCGCAGUAGCUUUGCGGGGUAG